CACACACAGAGAGAGGGAGAUGAAAACAACACCACUUUCUUACAUCCGUACUCCCACCACUUCAUUCAUUCAUUCAUCCAUCACUACUCUCUCUUUGGCCUUCUGCCCCCCAUUGCCCACCAGACCAGUCCCAUCCUCAUCCUCUCUUCCUCUCUCUCUCUUUGUGUGUUUUUUUUGUACUCUUCCCUUUACAACACAAAAAAAAAAAAAAACUCCUCAAAUAUAUUUAUUCACACUCUUCAAUUAAAUCAUCACAUCUCUUUGCUUUCUUUUCUCUCCAGCUCUUCUUGAUGAUCCCUUUUUUUCUUCAUACAUAUUUUUGCUAACUAGUACUACCACAGUACUGAAUCAAUUGGCUUUUCAUCACAUCUUUUGUUUGCUGAUUUGCUCUCUUCUCUCUUUGUCUUCCAGCUGGCUUGGCUGCCUUACCUAUCAACUAAAACACUAAUAAAAAGAAGUUCUUGAUCUCCCUAAGCGCUACCUACCCAAAUCUUAAGCUGCUUCUUGUUCCUCUCUCUGUGUGUGAAAGAGAUUUGUGAUUCUUUUUCGAUCCGGCCAGGUUUUUCGAUCUGUGAAUUUUUCUGUGAGAGGGGCUAAUUUGAGAAUGGACAUCACAUCUGAACGUGUUUGCUACGUUCAUUGCAAUUUCUGCAACACUAUACUUGCGGUAUUGUAUUUUUUUGCUUUGUUUUCUUUUUUUCCUGCAAAAUUAACCAUGAAAUCUAAAAAGAAUAGGUGGGUUUUUCAUUUUUGUUUGUCUUUAAAAAAGCACUUGUUUGAAUGGUUGUGGAUUGAUCCAUAUGAAGUUUGUUCCAAAUGGAAAUUUGACCAUAUAUGUGCAAAGAGAUUUCCUCCAAACUUUCAGGGUUGGGUCAAUUUUUCAUUCUUUUGCUGUCAAGAGUUUCAAAGGGUAUUAUUUUAUGCAAAUUUCUGAUCUUUUUCUCCUUCUUCUUCUUCUUCUUCUUCUACAGAAAGUCAAGUACUUGAAAUCAUAGACUCACAGUUAAGUUCUUGUGGUGUCUGAGGUUAAUUUUCAUGAGGUUAAAGUCUUCAAGGUUAAACAAUAAAAAAAAAAAAGGAAAUGGAAAAAGAAUAGAAGAAUUUUUAUUAUUAUUUUUUUUUACCUGGGCUAUUCAUCUUCUUCUUUCCAAGUGAAUUAAAGAACCUGGAUAAACUACAUAAGUAGCAAAAAAAGUCCUAUGUCUUUAACUGAAAAGGAAUCUUACCAUACUGGAAAUGUUUUUUGGUUUCUUCAAAUACUACUGUUUUAGGGUUCUGAUUCAAAGUCCAUUUAAUCUAUAAACUUUUAUACUUAUAUAUCAAUCUUUCUUAAACCCAUCCUUAUACAGUGUGCCAACUUCCAUGUCUUUUCUUGUACAUAAUAAUAUGUCAUCCAUCUCAUUCAAUUCUCUCUUGUGUUCAUUUAUUACUCAUCUUCUUCCUUUCUUUCUGAAGUCCUCCAUGUUCAGAUUUCUGCCACUUUUUUUUUCUUUUGUUUUUAAUGCUGUUUAUACACAGUGUUUUUCGUUUUCAAAGAAAGGAAGAAGAUUUAUCAAAUAUUAUUGCAGCUUUGUCUUUCACUGUGUGACUAUGUGUUUUACAUUUUUCCUCUUUUUUUUUUCGGUUCUUAAGGAGGUAGGAUUAUUUGUUUGUGUGCCCACUGAACCAAUAUAUAUAGAUUUAUGGGCUAUUUUUUUCACUGUUAAAAGAUCUUCAUUACUGUUUCAUCACCAGCUUUCCCUCAGUAGUCAAGAAAAUGGUGAAAGAAAACGCUGCCAAAAGGGCAGGAAAUCAUGGCCAAGAAAACCACUUUUUUUGCCAUUUUCUCAUUUAAGCUAAUACAAACGAAAAGAUCAACCAAAGAAAUAAUGGGUUUAUGAUAAUAUGUGGGAAAACUUCUGAUGGAAAAUUGGUGAUAUACAGCUGAUGUGAUUUCUCUCUUUUUUCAUGGCCCUCUUUGGUUGAUGAUUUUUUUUUUUUUUUUCAUUUUUGGUUCUGAUGGUCAUGUCAUUUUCGUUAAAACUCUCUUUCUCCAGUGUCAGAAAAACAAUAAAGUCAGAAGCACCGAAAGAAAAGGAGGAAGAUGAUGAUAUAUAUAUAUAUGUUUUGGGGGUGGGGUGGGGGUUUGCUUUUUACACAUCAAACAAAGACCUUCAUAUUUAUAUAUAUAGAGAGAGUGAUACAAAUUACAUAUAUAUAAAAUUUUGUGAUGUACAUUUUUGAUGUCUGUGAGGCGGUAGUACUGAUCAGUGAUCAUCGCCCUAUAUAUCAGUGAUUCCAGUGACAUAGAAUAGCUCCAAGACAGAAUCUGUCAUAUAAACUUUCCCCUUGGUUUUUUCACAUUCUGAAAACAACACUUGUUAUAACGAAUUUCUUUGCCUUCAUAUGUAUCCAAAUGCACAAAGUCAUCAUAGUACGAAUUUUAUCAAUUCCUUCCAUAUGUUACAAAUUUAACAACAGAAGAUACCUUUUUUCAAUUUUUCGCCUUCUUCCUUCCUUCUUCAUCUGCACCCAAUUCGGAUUUAUUUGUUAUUUUUAAGGAAACCAAUCAAUAGGGGGGGUGACAUAUGUAAAUGUUUAUUUAUAGUGUAAUCGGACAAGAGGGGAAAAAAAUAAAACAUAAAUAAGGAAGAAAUGAAGGUCAAUUUGAAGUUCAAUGUAUACAUAUAUAUAUAUACUUUCUUGAAAUGGGGUGUUUGAUUUUUCGUAGGUUAGUGUUCCAUGCAGUAGCAUGUUCACUAUUGUUACAGUAAGAUGUGGGCAUUGUGCGAAUUUGCUGUCGGUUAAUGUGGGAGCUUUGCUUCAAACACUCCCUCUUCAAGAUUUCCAGUUGCAGAAACAACAGAUCCAAAACUCAUCAGAAGAGGCGAGUAAAGACAGUGGGUCGUCAUCUUCUUCUAAGUCCAACAACAGAUACACUCAAUUCGAGUCUUCUGAUCUUGAUCAUCCCCCAAGAAUGCCUCCUAUUCGCCCACCAGAGAAAAGGCAAAGGGUUCCUUCUGCAUAUAACAGGUUUAUCAAGGAAGAGAUACAAAGGAUAAAGGCCAGCAACCCUGAAAUUAGCCACCGGGAAGCUUUUAGCACUGCGGCCAAAAAUUGGGCACACUUUCCUCACAUUCACUUUGGACUCAAGCUUGAUGGCAACAAACAAGCCAAUAUUCCACUUUCCGCAGAUCAUCAAGGGGCUCCAAAACCUCGUGGCAUCUAUAACUAAUACUGCAAUUUUAUUUUACAAAUCCCUAAAGUUAAUUUUUGGACCCCAAAAAAUGUUAACUUCAACCAGUUGCAUUUUUUUUCCUCCAAAAAUAUUAAAGAAAAAAAAUACUCUUAUAUAUAUAUAGCUACUCAGUUUGAGAAGAGUUCUUCUAAGGAAGAGCUUAUCCUUUUUAAUUACUACUAUAUUUUAUAUUGUAUAAUAAAAUUCAUUCUUGGAAUAUAGAUAAUAAUUUGAAAAAUUUUCACAAAAAGUAUUUGAUAUAUAUGUAAGUUUAAAUGUAAUUUUUAUUUUAUCUUCCUUUUAUUUUUUCCCGUUUUUUUUUUCCCUAAAGAUUCACUUGUUAGGAUAAACCGUAUUAUGCAUAAUGCAAGUGGUUAUUGGGAUUUUAUUGAGUAAAAAUAUUUUAACUUAUCUGAAUUUUGUCAUGACAAUGGUGAAGUGAUUCUCUCUUGUUAGAGAUGUUCAUUCUGCUUUGUGAGGGUAGUGUGUAAUCGAUUUUUUUAUGAAUACAUUUACAUGUUCUUUAUCUAUCUCGAAAAUAUUGUUCUACUAUUGUUAUGCUAAACUAUAAUACAACAAAAAUGACAAUCAUGGACGUUACUUAUUGUACUCGAAGAGUAUUUCUUUUAUAAAAC